AUGCGCGCUCUAAAUCGAACCCAUUACGGGAAUCUCCCCCAGAGGACGAAACAAGAUUUUCAGUACCUUUGCGAUUGGCAACAACAAGCUCUCUUGUCACCUACUCCUGCCAAUUUUGAAGCAGUCUCUGCUGCGGCAGAAAGUGGGCACCAUUUUGCUUCUAUUGAAGAACAGUUCUUUCGGCAGAAGUCCAGGCUGCAGUGGCUUAAGGCUGGGGAUGAGAACACAAGCACUUUUCAUAGAGCUGUAAGAGUAUAUAUGGAAAGGACUGAUUAG